CUCACCUAUCGACUCUUCUCUUCCUCGAAAAAUGAUUUCUUGCGAUGUGCAAUCUUUCACGUUUUCACACCUCUCAUUACUCUUUACUGUUAAAGGAAAUAUAAUCACUAUUUGACUCCGCUAUUCCUGGGCUUUCCCACUCUCCUUCAAACAUGGCAGCAUCAAAGAACAAUCAUACGCUCGAGACGCUCUGGAAACACAUGUCCACCCUCUCACCAACCACACCACUCGGAACACUGACCGAAAUCACGACCUUCUUCGCCCCAACCGGAAGUUUUUACCUCCACGGAAUGACACAAGGACCAUCCACCUCCCACGCCUCCCUCAUCACCACCUUACAAACACUGCAAACCUACUGGAAGAUCGUGGAAAGGAAGUUAGUAACCCAUGUUGAAGGAGAAGAUGGGACCAUCGUGAACGCGAUGAGUAAUAAGCUGUUGAUUCUAGGGAAGGAGGUCAAUGGAUUCGCGGAGUGUGAGGUUGUGAGGUUCGACGAGGAUGCUAGGAUUAAAGAGUACUUAUUGUAUUGUGACGCUGCUGCUGUCAAGGAGGCUUUUGCUCAGAAAGCAGUUGAGGAGGAGGAAUAGAUUGAGGUUGUGUUUGGUUGCAGGGAAUUACGAGGAGAGCUCUGAGAGCUUAUCGGGAUCUUCUAGGUAGAUAUUACCGUAUCUUCGAUAUGCUAGUAAUAGACCGU